UUUAAAGUAUAAAAGAAGGUUCUCGGUUCAAACAAACUCACAAUCAGUUCGGCUUUGUAACAAACAUCACAUACGGGUUCUAAAAUGGUGUUCAGACUUGCUAUUAUCGCCACUAUUGUGGCUGUGGCGAAUGCCGUUGCUGUUGGAUAUCCUGCCGUGGCGCCAUAUCAUGGCGCAUAUGCGGCACCAUAUCAUGGUGCUUAUCCAGCUAUUGCCAAAGUAGCUGCCCCAGUCAUUGCUAAGGCCGUUGAUGACUACGAUCCAAACCCACAGUACAGUUAUAGCUACCAUAUUGCCGACGCUCUGACCGGAGACAAUAAGGAACAGCAGGAGUCUCGUUCAGGAGAUGUAGUUACCGGAUCGUACUCUCUGGUUGAACCCGAUGGCACCCGUCGUGUUGUUGAGUAUACCGCCGAUCCAGUCAAUGGAUUCAACGCCGUUGUACAUCGUCAGCCUCUCGCCGUUAAGGCUGUAGCUCCAGUUGCCAAGAUUGCUGCCCCACUCGCUUAUCCUGCUGCCCAUGUCGGUUAUCCAGGAGCUCACGUUGGAUAUGCAGGAGCCCACCUUGGAUAUCCAGGCUACGCCAAGGCCGUCUAUGGCUAAAGCUAAAGCUAAAGUUUCUGAGAGCUCCCUAGAAUUUCUCUCUAUUCUAUUUUCAUACAGCAAAGUCAUCAGUGUAGAUUAGUCUUAUUUAUUCUUCGCUUGUCCCCGAACGUAUCCGCUGCUGUAUCUUCAUCUUCUCUCUUUCAUGCUAUUCCAUAAAUUAUUCCAAGCUCAACUGGAAGUUUGUACGAGAGACAUUUGUAAAUAGAAAUCGUGUUGUUAUAAUUGAAAAUUUCACGUGCGAUGUGAUGCUAAAUGUGAAAUCUCUCUCUUUGACUGUGUGACCCAAACAGAGUUUAUAGGACUAGAAUAUGUAGUGUUUUUACAUUACGUCAAAUUAUAUGCAAUUUCUAUAAAAGAA